AUGGACAAGCUGACGCGGCCACGCCUGAGACUUUGGCAGCUCAAAUACUGGGCAUUCCUCACGGGAGUUGCUUCCACGGGCACGAAGGCUGACCUGGAAGCGGCGCUGCAUCACAGUCCACGGCUUCAAGUAUCGGAGAAGCGUGGUUUCAAUGCUCGGAAAAUCGUCAGCGUAGACAUGGGAAUCCGAAACCUGGCAUAUUGUGUGAUUCAAAGACCCGCUGGCGAAGCAGGGAAGGCAUUGGCAGUGAAAACGUGGAAACGCAUGGAUCUUCUGAAUGCUUCUGCUAGAGCUCACGCGGCGUCUCUGAAGGAAGAGGCCUCCGGUAUCUCUACAGCGCAAGUUGGACAGAAAGACGCUUCAAUGCUGGACAAAACGGCAUUUCUCCCUUCAUCAAUGUCACGGACAGCAUACAGCAUCACCAGAGAAUUGCUGGGUCACGAGCCAGAUGACAUUCUGAUCGAACGUCAGCGCUUCCGAUCAGGCAGUGCAGCUACAAUUCUGGAAUGGACUAUCAGAGUCAAUAUGCUAGAAAGCAUGAUAUGGGCAUGUCUCGAAACGCUGCGAUCGAUCAGCGGCACAGUGCUGUUCCCAGAUAUUCACUCCAUCAGUCCAAAACGUGUUGCAGCCUUUUGGAUCGCAGGCAAGGACGUUCCAUUGCACCCACCUUUGGACAUGUUCCAGAAUGCUGGCACUGCUGAGCUUCUCAAGCUUGCUGCAACAGGCCGCGAAAAGAUUGAGAAAGGCGACAAGGUCGAAAUUGUGCGCUCCUGGAUACGCGGUGAAUCAGACGUGCAUUUGACUUUUGAGAAUGAUGCUGCUAAGAUCGCCGAAGCCUUCACUGUCCCAAAACGUAACAGCAAGGCCGCGCAACUGCUGGCGGGAGGGAAGUUAGAUGAUCUCGCAGACUGUCUAUUGCAGGCUGUGGCACAUUUGAGAUGGCGAGAGAACCGCACACGAAUUCAUGAGAUGCUUGAGUCCGGGACAUGA